ACGUUCACACCCGUUCUGGAAGUGGAAGCUGUUAUCAACGGAAGUAGAUUGAGUAACGUUACUAGUCGGUCUAUGGUCGGUCUCCGCUGAUCGACUGCACCUUACAGGCCAUUUUUAGGGACCCCGCGCUUUCUAGAGGUUCAGGGAUUUCUUCAGCUCUCCACCUUUCGCUUUAAGACAGGCUUUCAGCCAUGUCUACUGUGGUGGAUCUAAAGACGAAGGAGGAGAAAGAUGCUGAGCUGAACAAAAGGAUUGAAGCUCUGCGGAAGAAGAAUGAGGCUUUGGUCAAGAGAUAUCAGGAAAUACAGGACGAUAAGAAAAGGGCAGAAAAGGAGGGCAUCGCUGUGACAACACCUCGCAAACCCCGCCCUCACGAGCCUGAGUCUGAACGGAGAAAGACUGAAAAGGAGAACUUCUCCGUGACAGCUGACUUGUCCAAACCAGCUGCGGAGAGGCGUGUGGUAAAUGACAGGAAACCAGCUAGUCAUCGUGGUGACCAGGGCCCAGAAGAAGAGGAGACUGGUCUGCCUCAUGGUGAGAGUCCUUCCCACAGAACUGGAUCGGGCCGGCUGAGCCGAGGUGGCCACCGUGGCGGAAGAAGAGAGCCUCGUUCAAACAAAGGAGAACCAUGGUGGGAGAGGCAGCCUCAGGAGGGUGAAGGUGGAGAGGGUCCAGCUCAUACUGAACGCUCCUCUAGAGGAGGGCAGAGAGGAGGAAGAGGUGGAAGAGGAGCGCAAGGAGGAACGGGCUCGGACAGGAAAUCAAAGGAGUGGGAGGAAAAAAGAAGACAGAACAUAGAGAAGAUGAAUGAAGAGAUGGAAAAGAUUGCUGAAUAUGAAAGAGGCCAAAAGACUGAUGUAGAGAAGAACCCCAUCAGAAACUUCCUUGAUGACCCACGGCGUAGUGGGCCGAUACUAGAAACUGACCGCAAGGAGGGAAGCCGGCGCCACGUGCGCAACUGGGGUGGGGUUGACUUUGACAGUGUGAAGGCUGGUGCUGAGGUUGAGAAAGAAUGGACGAAUCGUAGGCCAAGCGGUAAAGGCUCAGGGGAUAUGACUCUGUCCAUGACUGGCCGAGAAAGAGCCGAGUAUCUCCGCUGGAAAAAGGAGCGAGAGCAGAUUGAUGAAGAACGAAUGGCUCGUCACCGUAACGCCACUGGCCAGUGGAGACGAGAGUGGGAUGCCCAGAAAACAGAUACAAUGUUCAAGGAGGACUCAGCUGUGGCUGGAGAGGGCACACAAGAACAAAGCAACAGGAGAGAAGAUAACAAGAGGCCGCCCAAGGCACCAACCUUCGGGGACUACUUGGGACAGGGCAAACCCAGACAGGGAGGCCAUGGACAAGGGAAGGGUCGUGGUCAAGGCAAAAGCUACAGCAUGCAUGAUAAUCGGUGGGAAGGGGAAAAUGAAGAGGAGAAAGGAAGAAAGGAGGAGCAAGAGAAGGAGAAGGAUGAAGAGAAGGUCAAAGACAAGGAAAACAAGAACAAAGAUUGCACCCUCAAGGCUCCAUUGUCAGACAAGAAAUCUGAUGAAGGAGGCCUCGCUGAAGAUGAUGAUGAGUGGGAGGAUGCCAGCGAUGGUGAACAGGAAGAUGUGGAAGAAGAUGAAAAGGCAGAUCACGAGAAAGACUCAAAAGAUGCUAAACCAACAGAAAAGACCCCUACCUCUGCUGCAACCUCUAGUCCCAGCCCAAAAAAACAACGUACCCCAAGACCCAAAGUCCACAUUCCUUCCCCGCAGGAGACACUCAGUACACCAGAGGGACCCGAACCGCUCAGCCCUUUCUCCCCUCUGGAUGGCCACCAGCCUGUGUCAGACUGGGGUGAAGAAAUGGAGAUGCUUUCUCCUAAGAGCAUUCUGGAUGAGAGCCCUCUGAGGCCCAGCAGCACUGAAAGCAGUCCAGCUCAACCUAAGAACGAUCCAGCUGAACAUAACAAGACCGCAACCCCCAGCCAGCCAGAAGAACCAGAAAGAAAAGAAAGUGCAUCUACAGAAUUGAGGAACCACUCCUGAGUGUUUUGUGUUUCAUGAAUGUUUGCUAUCGUAUCCUCCUUUGCCAAAGGCUCAACCCUGACACUCAGUCAUUUGGGAUCUCUAUCCUUCUUCACACGGCUCCUCCUUACUGCCAUUACAUCAUACCAGUUUAUUAUGCAAUUAACUGUUCAUUAGCAGCUAAUGGGUGGAUGUGCUUUAUUGCCAGUUUCCUCAUUUCCACUGUCCACAUGCACUCUGGAAAUCACCACAAACUAAUGGCUCGGUAACAAGAUUGUUGCAUUUCCUUUCAUUUGAUUACUCUGCUAGCCUGUUUAACAGGAGGAAACGUCCAUGAAAACAUGUUUAUUUCUAAAAAUGCUUUUAUGAGGAAGCCGCAUUAAACUUUCUGGUCAGAAAAUGUUUUCAU